CUUCCUCCGCCCAAUCUUUUCAACUCCUCCUCCUCCUCCUCUGUUAAUCAGUCGACCACUGGCGAUUAAUCCAAAUCCGUCGCCGAAAACUCAUCGGAAUAAGCAAGAAUCGAACCGGAAUCUUGACGGUCCCGUCUCUCUCAAGCUAAGGAGCCAUGUCCUCCGAUUUCCCUCCAUACAUUUCAACUCAGCUCCAUUACCUUCUCAAUCACUUCCCCGACAAACUCAAGAUUGAGAAUGUAUGGUCAGGGAGCAAGCACUACAGUGUCACUCUCGAUCGCUUCACAUUGGUCAUACCUUAUUGUUUAGACACUAUCAAAUGGGAUAUUAUAUACAAUUUGGAGUUUCCACUGGCUGCACCAGAUGUUAUAUUUGGACCUGAUGAUGAGGACUUCCAUCGGUUUCUCAUGAUGCCUGGUGAAGGAGACAGGGAUUCAAGGUCGCGGGCAGAGUUUGCAAUGUCUGAUUGGAACAACAAAGACCCUACAAGGCUACUGGCUCUAAUUAAGGAAUUGAGGGAUCAGUACGCAGCGUACCAGAGGUGGCGAGCUGGAGAAAUAGAUGAUGAUAGGUUAAAAUUUGAAAUAAGCACUAUCAUGACUCGAGAGGGAAUUGAAAUGCAGAUUAUUUCUGGUGCUGAUAAGACAGAGGAGGUCAAAUUUGGGGUACCUUUAAUGCAUAUGAACAUAAAUAAGUUGGUGUCUGCAUGCCCCUGGAGACAUCCGCAGAAGAUAUACCUACAGGUUAUAUACCCGGUUGCAAGAAAAUAUGCAUCUGCUCCUUCAGCACCUCGAUUGAAGUUGAUGUCACCUCCCGAGCUGAAAGCUUUAUUUUCCAUUGAUGAUGUCAAGCUUCCUUCGUGGUUGGAUGGAAUGUGCAUGGCUGAAUAUCUUCCCAACCUAGAGGAAUCCCUUGGGAAGCAGGUCUUUGAAGCAGUAACACUUAUUGACUUUAGAAGGUCCUUUAUUGAGGCAUUAGCUCCUUUAUUUGGAAGACCUUUGGAAGCUGAUCCGGUGUUCUGUAGAAAGGCUACAUUUCUUGCAACUUCUGGACCAUUUGCUUUCCUGGUGUAUUUUCUUCUUUCAACACAGUUUCCCAAGCAACAGCCGGUUUUGAUGCUUCAAAGUACUCAGCAUUUCCAAUCCCAAGGUGUACCGAUAAAGUCUGCACUUCUGUCAGAUUAUCCUUGGAGUCCAAGAUGGGAAGUAUCACAAAUGGCUGAGCGGAUAUUUGAAUUUUUGGUAGAUGAGGCUCUGAACUUCAAACGGUAUUGCAAUGAAUCCCAGCUGCAACACUAGAACACCAUGAUAGGUUGUUUUUGCUUCUGGUUCUCCUUAUCUAUUCCAGUUCUGCUUAAGUACAAAAGAAAAAAACAAAAAAAAUCUAGUUCUGUAAAGUUAAUGGAAAUCCUACCAGCUUGUUGAUAUCAUGGUGAAAAUGUGUCCAAAGGUGGACUCGUGGAGCUGAUAUUCAUGGGUUAUGACUGUUGUAGUCUACAUGAUUUUCCUCUCUAUAAAUGAUUAUAUUUUAU